AUUUACAUAUGUAUAUUUAUUUAUUUUGCACUAACUUCCUGAUUUAGCUGGGUGGGUGUCAUAUAUGAAACAUUUUACAACUCACAACACCAAAUAUCUAGCUUGUCAUUCCUCAAAAAAAAAAAAAAAAAUAGUUUAUAUGGUAAUUAAUAAUACGUGUAUAAUACCAUUGUUUCUCCUAAAAAUCCUCUCCACCCUUGUCUUGAAAUUAAUCACCAAAAAAAAAAGACUCUUUCAAUAACAUAAAACACCCAACCUCCUACAAUCCCUCACUAUCGAUCUUUUCUCAAAUACCAUUGUCAUUCCCAGUUGUAGCUUCUGUUUUGCCAACCUUAAUUCUUUUUUGGUUUGUUUUCACAUCUUUCUCAUCUGUUACAAUCAUUUUCUUCAAAACCCAGAAUCCAAAUAACAUUCAUCUCACCUUUUUUUGGCCACUCUCUCUUCUCUGUCCCUCUUUCUUUCUUCUAUCAUGGGCAAUUGUUGCUCUCAAGGCAAGACCAAUGAUAAUGGACAAGACACCAUUAAGGCAGGUUCAACCCCAGAAAACAACUCAGACGACAUUAAUAAUAAUAAUAACAAUGGUCGUGGAAAAAACUCUAAUAAUGCAGGGCCAGCUAAUGGUAAUAACAAGGCCAAUAACCAAGCAGCCUCAGCAGGUUCAACCAAGAAUAAUUCGAAGCCUGCCCCGAUCGGCGCAGUGUUGGGGAGGCCUAUGGAAGAUGUUAGAUCGACAUACAACAUUGGUAAGGAGCUUGGGCGUGGACAGUUUGGGGUGACACAUUUGUGCACUCACAAGGUGAGUGGGGAGCAAUUUGCUUGCAAAACAAUUGCCAAAAGAAAGCUUGUGAAUAAGGAGGACGUUGAGGAUGUGAGGCGAGAGGUUCAGAUUAUGCACCAUUUGACUGGUCAGCCUAACAUUGUUGAGCUUAAAGGAGCUUAUGAGGACAAGCAUUCUGUCCAUUUGGUCAUGGAGUUGUGCGCCGGUGGUGAGCUUUUCGAUCGGAUUAUCGCUAAGGGACACUACACCGAACGAGCUGCUGCUUCUCUUCUCAGGACUAUUGUUCAGAUUGUUCACACUUGUCAUUCCAUGGGAGUCAUUCAUAGAGAUCUCAAGCCUGAGAAUUUCCUUUUGCUUAAUAAGGAUGAGAAUUCUCCUCUUAAGGCUACAGAUUUUGGUCUCUCUGUUUUUUAUAAACAAGGUGAAGUGUUCAAAGACAUUGUUGGUAGCGCAUAUUACAUUGCUCCUGAAGUCUUGAAGAGAAGAUAUGGGCCAGAAGUUGAUAUAUGGAGUGUUGGGGUCAUGUUAUAUAUCCUUUUAUGUGGUGUCCCACCUUUUUGGGCAGAAUCGGAACAUGGGAUUUUCAAUGCAAUCUUGCGUGGUCAUAUUGAUUUCACAAGUGAUCCAUGGCCUUCAAUUUCAACUGGAGCAAAGGAUCUUGUAAGGAAAAUGUUGCAUUCAGAUCCCAAACAGAGAUUGACAGCUUUCCAAGUUCUUACUCAUCCAUGGAUUAAGGAAGAUGGUGAAGCACCAGAUACUCCUCUUGACAAUGCUGUACUCAACAGGCUCAAACAAUUCAAAGCUAUGAAUCAAUUCAAGAAAGUUGCUUUAAGGGUUAUUGCCGGGUGUUUAUCAGAAGAAGAAAUCAUGGGAUUAAAACAAAUGUUUAAAGGAAUGGAUACUGACAAUAGUGGGACCAUAACACUUGAGGAGCUCAAGCAUGGAUUAGCCAAACAAGGAACAAAGCUUUCUGAAGUUGAAGUUAAACAAUUAAUGGAAGCUGCUGAUGCUGAUGGGAAUGGGACCAUAGACUAUGAUGAGUUCAUUACAGCCACAAUGCACAUGAAUCGUAUGGACAGAGAAGAACAUAUAUAUACUGCUUUCCAACACUUUGACAAAGAUAACAGCGGGUACAUAACGACUGAAGAACUAGAGCAAGCUCUCCGUGAAUUUGGCAUGCAUGAUGGAAGGGACAUAAAAGAAAUCAUUUCUGAAGUUGAUGCCGAUAAUGAUGGGCGAAUCAACUAUGAUGAAUUUGUGGCUAUGAUGAGAAAAGGAAACCCAGAUGCUAAUCCAAAGAAGAGACGUGAUGACGUAUUUGUUUGACUUUGAUUUUAUGUGUGUAUGUAUCAUGUAUGCUGAUGCAAAUUAUUUAUGUAGAGAAAAAGAAGUGGAGGGGAAGUGUUAUAUACUUCAAAAGAGAGGGAGAGAGAGAGAAAGAGAUAAACUCAAUAUUUAUACGAGCUUUACAAGUGGAUUUUAUGGGUGGAUCAAUGCUCUAUGUACAGUACUGACUAUUAGAAAAACAACACAAAAAAGAAAGAAGGGGAAGUAUAGGGGUAGUGGCUCAACAGAAACAUAAUAUUGGAGUUUCAUUCUUAUUUAUUUAUUCGAUCAUAUAAGAAAUUCUUUAGGGUUGUAAUCAUUUCCUCGUGUGUAGUAUAUGUAUAUCAACUAUUUUCAUGUUUGUCAAAUUUUUAACCUUAACCAAAAA